AUGACAACAGACUACGUUCCUGGGGCUUUAUACCUAGCUGGGUUCACUCAGGCCCGCUCUCCUCACAUCGGCCUCUUAUUAGCCAAAGACGCCAACAAAGGAACCCUCUUCCACAUUCGCAUCGACAGAGAAACUUCACCCAACUGGCAAUUCCAGCGUCGGACGCAACCAGUCGUAGGGGAUAUGUUUUUGAGCUCUCUCCUUCGUAUAACGAAGGACCCCCUGCCGCUUGAUACCGCGGAGAACACUAUCGAGGAGAUAGCAUCAAGCAUCGCUCCCCCUGACAAUGGGGAGUUUGGAGAGUGUGCGCCGUGGGCACUAAAGCUGGUCCAGGCGCUGAGUGACAGGGGUAUUGUGGAAUUGAAGGAUGUGGAGAAGUUGGGGGAGGAGGUCGAUUCGCUCGCGAGGGAUAGUCGUGCAUACGCGCGCAGAGACAAGUUUCCCAACCUUGCGACAUCAAAUUUUUGUCGAUGA